CAUGUCUCUGCUCAGGUUCGAACCUUUAUCACGUUUCCCUUCGUUUCCUCACGUGCACGUGAAGGUGUUUACAACACCUUCAUAACCCCAGGACCGUGAACGCAACGCGUGCUGCCGACGUUUGUCCAUCAUGUCUCAGUCUGUCCCCCCCAUCAUCUCCGUCGUCCCCACCCGGGCUCUGAUGGACGAGACGUUCAAGGUGCUGGUGGAGAAUCUGCCUCCUGGUUCUCCGGUGACAGUCCGCGCCCUGCACCACUCUGAGGACCGGGACUACUGGGAGGCGUACGGACACUACGUCAGCUGCCAAAGGGGGACGGUGUCUGUUUCAGACGACCUGAGUCUCGGGGGCACGUACACAGGGAAAGAAGCCAUGGGUUUGCUGUGGAGCAUGUGUCCCGUCCCAGGAAGCCGCACGGGCCUCAGGUUAAGAAAGAGGAACGUGUCCACCCCCAUGCUGGUGCACAUCUCGGUCCACAGGGGACACGGGGACGUCCGGGACCAGACUCCUCUUGUGUCGGUGCUCACAGAGCGGUGGUACAUGGCUCCUGGCGUCCACAGGGUCGAAAUCAAUGAGAACGGCGUGCGUGGGACGAUGUUCAUUCCUCCAGGUCCAGGACCCUUCCCCGGCCUGCUGGACAUGUGGGGGGGCGGCGGCGGGCUGCUGGAGUAUCGCUCGGCCUUGCUGGCGUCCCGAGGUUUCGCUUCUCUGGCACUGGAGUAUUUCAAACCUGGCGAGCUGUCGUCAGCGGAGCUGGAGUUAAAAUAUUUUGAGACGGCGUUCAACAUCGUCAGGGAUCAUCCUCAGGUGCUGCCGGACCGAGUCGGGCUGUUCGGUCUCUCGCUCGGAUCCAGCGUCUCCAUGUUCUUAGCAGCACAGAGCCAAGUUGUCCACCCUAGUUGUUGUGUUUGCAUCAGCGGCACCCACUACUUCGGGAGCUCCUUCAGCAGGGGUCACGCCAAGAUCCAACAGACUUUAGAACAGGGCCGUGUGGAUGAGAACGACCAUCACAUAUGGAGAGAUAUCGGGCUCCAAUUUCUGAAAGGUUCCUCGGGAAAAUUGAACAUGGGUAACAUCAAAUGUCCGGUGAUGCUGGUCACUGGAGUUGAUGAUCAGAACGUACCGGCGCCGGAGGUGGCCGAGGACAUCUCUCAGCUGAUGCGUGCGGCCGGUAACGAGCACCUGCUGACCCGACUGGACUACCCCGACGCCGGUCACCUGAUCGAGCCGCCGUUCUCCCCCCACUUCAGAGCCACCAACUUUAUAAUACACAGCAACAGAAAAAAAGUGAUCUUGUUGUGGGGGGGGAAAACCAAACCCCACUCUGACGCUCAGGAGGACUCCUGGAGGAAGAUGUUGACUUUUCUGCAGCUGCAUCUCUACGGCGACGCCAGUCCCAAAGCCAAGCUGUGAGCAGAGACUUCUGGGAAAGACGACCAGGUCCUGAUUGACCACAGUGACCUUCUGAUCUGAUGAGUCAUCUUCUGUAUAAUCAAAGGCAUAAACUGUGAAAGUCCGUCUUCUCUGUGUGGAGAUCAUCUGAGCAGCGUCAGCAGGAGCUCCACCUCUCGCUUCGUCUGUCCACUGAUUGGAUAAUGAGGCGGCAGUGUCUCCGCGGCGCACGGCGUCUUCACCAAGUACCUGAGGGACCAAACAGACAGGGACAUGUUUCCAUGGAAACUGAUAUUCUGAUAUUAACCUGAUCAAGACAACAAUCAACAAAGAUACCAACAGUAUUUCCUGAUUAACUGAAGUCGUGAUUAUAAUCUGAUUAAACUUUAUACGAUUUUUAUGUGUAUAAAGUGUAUUUUAAGGCCUUAAUAUAAUGAGUGUUUAAUAUUCUGCCUGAUUUGCAGCUGGGACUUGAUUUCCCAGCAAAGCUCCAACACAAUAAUCAAAGUUGAUUGUGUCCGAUCACAUGUUGUGUAACUGAACCCGAGUCCUCCCGGUUUGUUUGGUUUAUUGUUCUGUUCAUUCCAACUUCACCUAAAGAUUUACAGGUUUUCAACAUAUAUUUAUGUUGUAUUGAAAAUUCGAGAACAUCUGUGUGUUUUAUUUAUUUUCUGUUCAACAUCUUCAUGUCAACAUCUUCUUCUUCAUGUGUGUUGAGAACUUAA